AUGCCUGCUAAUACUAUUCCUCAGUCUCAAAUGGAGGCAUCGGUCCCCGCCAUCACCCAACAGGCGCUGCAGUGGGAGAAAGACCAAUGGACUAGCGGUUCCGUCUUUGAAGAUUCAUUCUACACGGCCCCGAGCAAUUCCUCAAAUGCUGCUCCUGGGACCCUUCUGAAGGUUGAACAAACCACAAACACAUCCUGUUAUGCUCUUCCCCCAGCGACUGCACUCUCGCGCAUCAUUUACCAAUCGCAAACGCUCAAUGGCACCUUGGUCCCCGUCUCGGCAUAUAUUUUGUGGCCCUUCUCGCCAAGGGCUUCUUCGGAUGGAUACCAAGUUGUUGCGUGGUCCCAUGGAACCAGCGGCAUCGGGCCCGACACGGCCCCUUCGCACCAGAUCAAUCUGUGGCAGCAUUAUUUGGGACCCUUCAAUCUUGCGCUUCAGGGAUAUGUUGUUGUUGCAACUGAUUAUGCGGGUCUUGGAGUGUCCAAGACUGAUUCUGGGGAGCCAAUUGUCCACGAAUAUCUCACAUCGCCGUCGCAGGCAAACGACGUCUUCUACUCCGUCCAGGCGGCACGGGAAGCUUUUCCAGAGCUCGGAAAGCAAUUUGUGGUAAUAGGACAUUCGCAAGGCGGGGGGUCUGCCUGGGCGGCCGCCCAACGCCAGGCCAUCAAGCCCGCCGAUGGAUACCUCGGCGCCGUCGCAGUUUCGCCUGUGACGAGUGUUCUUAAAGAGGAGGAGCCGAUCCGCUCCUUCCUUGGUUUUGGAAUGCUAUCAGCGAUUACGGCCUACUUUCCAGAGUUUAAUCUAUCAGACGUUCUCACGACAGAAGGCCUCGAGAGACACACGCUUGUGAAGCAGCUCGAUGCCACCGCAACGACGAGUCUGACCGUAAUCUCCGACGUAGCACUAUUCCAGUCCAACUGGACUCAAAAUCCUUACAUUCAGAGAUAUCAAACUCUUGUUCUGAAUGGCGGUAAAGCGAUCGCGAAGCCACUCCUGGUGAUCCAUGGCGAGGCUGACCCGAACCUCAAUAUCACCGUCACCGCAGCUGCGGUAGAGGAGACUGUGCAGAAAUUCCCUGAUGCGCCUCUCGAAUUUAUUCGUGUGCCAGGGGUCACGCAUAAUGCGGCGCUGACCAGCUCUCAACGAGUCUGGAUGGAUUGGAUUUCGGAUAGAUUUGCUGGCAAGGCUACAUGCUCCACCGGCGGAGAAAUGGAGACCAAAGCAGCGAGGCCGCUGGACGCUUAUCAGCCUGAGCUGAACUGGUAUCUAUCUCUGGCAACAGCAUUUUACCAGACACCGUAA